ACAGGUCUUUCAAAAAUGGUAAAUGCAAGUCAUGCCGCAUAUGCGAAUAAUUAACAACAUUAGUACUCAAAAACAAAAACAAGCUUGAUUUCAUGCUGAGGUAGCAAGAAAUUUCUGAGUACUUUGACGACCUAGCAGGAAAUUUAUCAACCAAAACGGCCAAAAAAUUGUAAAUCCUCAUAAAAUUUCCUGUCCAACUUUGUUUCAAAAACGCUGCCUUCAAAUACCAUCGCAAACCGCAAAUUUAGCAGCCAGCCAAAAAACUGAGGGAAAUGGCGACAGUGAAAGUAGAAGUGAAGGAUGAAGACAAGGCGAAAUCAUCCUCUAGUUCAUAUUACGUGGAUAAAGUAGUGGCACCAGGAGACAUAGUUGUAGACCUAACAAAUCUUUCCAAUCAGACGCUCAGGGUUGGAGGGGGUCUACGUCAGGACUUUGAUCAUGUCACCGUGACAAAAGUUGGGAGACUUAGAUACACAAAACCAAACAAAUAUUGGGUCGAAGGAUCACACAAGAGGUAUACACCAUGUGUGGAAGACAAAAUCAUGGGCAUUGUAGUUGAUAGCAGGUCUGAUAACUUCCUAGUAGACAUAAAGGGGCCCAUGUUGGCUUUUCUACCAGUUCUUGCAUUUGAAGGCGGAACAAGGAGGAAUAUACCGAAGUUUGAGAUUGGUGCCUUGGUCUAUGUACGGGUAGUUAAAGCUAAUCGUGACAUGAAUCCAGAGCUAUCAUGCACUGAUGCAAGCGGUAAGGCUUCAGAAUUUGGUGGUUUGACUGGAGGCUACAUGUUUGAAAGUUCAACUGGAUUAGCACGAGCGUUAUUGAGCAAGCCUACCUGUCCUGUUCUUGAGGAACUUGGAAAGAGUUUAUCAUUUGAGAUAGCAGUCGGAUUAAAUGGUCGAGUUUGGGUGAAUGCUCCAUCUCCUUCUACGGUCAUUCUUGUUUCAAAUGCCAUCAUGAAUGCAGAGUACUUGAGUGGGGUUCAACAAAAGAUUAUGGUGCAGAGACUUUUGCAGAGAGUUCAAUAGUGCGGAUCUUUACUAGUACAUUUAUCUGGGCAUUGUUUAUCUGAGUAAUUGUGUUGUAAUUAAUUGUCAAUGAUUGCAGAAGAUUAAUUUUCUUUGUUGUGACUUUAUUCGAUUAUGAAUACUCUCACAGCUAUUGGAGAUGCUUCCAAAAUGGUAAUCAAUUCUUAAUUAACAUAGCAGUUAAAGCUUCACAAUUUAUUCCGACUGAAAUACUGCAGAUGUUGAUCUAAUUUGAACAAUAGGCCGACUUUCUUCUUUGUUAGAAGCACUACAUUCGGAGGAUGCUUGGUGAAUAUUGUGUCUUAGAAACUAUCCAUGCAUAACUUUCUGGCCAGGAGAGAUAUAAAAUCAGUUGGGCACCAGAGAAAAAUCCAUCAGCGCUAGGCACCUCACUGCAAAUUACUCAAGGUCAUCACUCAUAUUUUCAGAAAAUUUCUCAUUUGACUGACUUUAAAGCAUUGAUUGUAACCAGGAAAUCAUUGAAUUGAUUAAAUCAUGUCACCUUGCCAUCCAUCAAGAACAA